AUGCGUCUAAAUCUAAUUCAAUUCAAUAUAAAAAUAACUUUAAUUCUGAAAAAUCAAAUUUUAGGAAUACAGUUUAUAUAGGUAAUAAAAAUUUUAGUGAUUUAGAACUAGAACAAAUUUACAAUGAAAAUAGAGAAGCUAAACAAAUUCACUAUUUUAAACUUUCCAAUGAUUGCAAUUUAGAAUGGAUUAAAAGCACAGGCGAUGUUAGUGAUUUAGAGGUUUAUAAGUUACGCGAAAAAUACUGUACGAACGAAAACGAACUAUGGUCUUCUCGGUUAGAUAAUAACAUAAAUCUAAUAUGCGGCGAUACAGGCAUGGGGAAAUCCGAAUUAAUGAAAAGCUGCAAAAAUAAAUGUUCACCGAAAUAUUGGACAAUUCUAAUCAGUCCUACCGAUGUGCACUCAUUUUUAUACAAUCGUAAGUUUUCUAAAACAACUAAAUAUACAGAUUUAUUUGAAAAAUUUAUCGUAAAUGAAAAAUGUCGGUUACUCAAAAGAUUCGAACAAAGAUUUUUUGAAAUGUGUGUAGAGAAAAAUAAUGUUGUUUACGUGUGGGAUGCGCUCGAUGAAAUUAUGGGAGAAAAUUUAGAAGCUGUGUCGAAAAUAAUCCUUGAUUUCUCAGCAAGAGGUAUCUUUCAGUGGGUUACUAGUAGAACACAAUUAAAACCAUUUCUAGAAAAAAAAUUCAAUGUGGUGGCACUUAGUAUAAAUCAGUUUGACGAACAAGAACAACAAAAUUAUAUAAGAAAACGUUUAGCUUCUUUCAUUUCUAUAGACAAAAUUGAGAUCGCUAUUGAAAAAAUCAAAUCGUCCUUCGCGAUUAUUGAACACGUUAAUAUCUUGGGGAUUCCGCUUCAAAUCUUCAUGGUUACUGAAUUGUUUCGUCAAAACAGUGACAAGUAUUCGAAACUAAUGAAAAAUAAAUUUCUCUUGACUGAUUUAUAUGAAUACUUCAUUGAUGAGAAAUUUAAUAAUUUUUACAAAGAUAAAUUGGCCUUUGAUUUUAAAAAUCCUCACAUGGUUAGUAGAAUUCGCGAAGAAAAACAGGAGAUUUUAGGUAAUUACGAGAGAGUGGCACUUAAAGUAAUAUUUUCGGAAGAAAUACUGAAACGAUUAAAUGUCGACUGUGAACAACAUAAAGAAAAAAAUUUACCAAAAUGUGUGUCUGUUGGUCUUGUAAGUGAAUUCCAAAAUGAUGUGGCACAUUUUAUUCAUGGUUCUUUUGCUGAAUACUUAGUUGCGACAUAUUUUUCAAAAAAUUUAAAUACCGUGCGCGAUAUACUUGGGGAUUUAUUGUUCGACGCAAAAUACAAUAAUGUUCGUUUUUUCUUCGACAUGUUGUUAGUCAAAAAUUGUAAAGCUCACAUUGCUGUCCUGUAUAAGAAAUAUGAACAACUUAAAACUUAUGAUAAAGAAACGUUAACAUGUAAAGAUAAAGGUGGUAGAAGUGCUUUACAUCUGAUUUCUUCAUGGGGACAAAGACAUCCGCGUCUAAAAGUAACGGUUGAAAAUGGGAAGUGUAUUGUGAAUGAAGACAGCAAUUUCGAUAAACAAGCAGAAACCGAAGCAUAUUUUGAAACAGUUAAAUUUUUGCAGGGCAAGAAUAAUAUUGAAGAACACGAUAGUUUGCUAGAUACGACACCGUUGUCUUAUGCCAGAAAAAGUGAGAGUUUAGGGGCGGAAAUAAUAUUACUUCAAGCAAAAAAAAAUGAACCGGAUCGUCAGUCAAGUUCCCUUAACGAUAUAAUUAAUAUUUUAUAUUAUUCUUCUUUACUUGGAUACGAUCAAGUGUGCGAGCUGUUUACUGUACAAGAAAAAAAUACCAGGAAAAAUCGCGGGAACGAAACCAAAUUUGUUACUGCGGAAAAUGCUGAAACACCUCUAAUAUUAGCGAGCAAGAGUGGCCAUUUGAAAAUUGUUCAAUACUUGGUAUGUUUAAAUGACGAAACUAAUAAACCCAAUAAAAUUGAUGAGAGACCGCUUCACGUUGUGUCCGAAAAUAUCCACAACGAUAAUCGUGGUGGUGUUGACAGCUCCUUCGUAUGUUUAGUGGAGGCAGGUGCUGACAUUAAUCAAGGUAAUAUAAAUGGUCAGACACCACUUUUCGUAGCUUCUGAAAUGGGCCACGAAAGAGUUGUCGAAUACUUGGCGACAGUCGGCGCCGAAAUUAAUCGCCCUGAUAAUGACGGUUGGACACCACUUCACAUAGCUUCCUUCAACGGUCACGAAAAGGUUGUCGAAUACUUGACGACAGUCGGCGCUGAAAUCAAUCUUGCUGAGAAAGACGGCAUGGUAGCACUUCACAUAGCUUCCUUCAGCGGUCACGAAAAAGUUGUCGAAUACUUGGCGACAGUCGGUGCCGAAAUCAAUCGUGCUGAGAUUGACGGUGUGACACCACUUCACAUAGCUUCCUUGAACGGUCACGAAAAAGUUGUCGAAUAUUUGUCGAUAUCAGGCGCCGAAAUCAAUCGCGCUGAGAUUAACGGUGCGACACCACUUCACAGAGCUUCCUUGAGAGGUAACGAAAAAGUUGUCGAAUACUUGGCGACAGUCGGGGCCGAAAUCAAUCGCACUAUGAAUGACGGUGAGACACCGCUUUACAUAGGUUCAGAAAAUGGUCACGAAAAAGUUGUAGAAUACUUGGCGAACGUCGGUGCCGAAAUCAAUCGCCCUAAUAACAACGGUGCGACACCACUUUACAUUGCUUCCGAGAAGGGCCACGAAAAAGUUGUCAAAUACUUGACGACAGUCGGCGCCGAAAUCAAUCGCGCUACGAAUGACGGUUGGACACCACUUCUCAUAGCUUCACACAACGGUUACGAAAGAGUUGUCGAAUACUUGGCGACAAUCGGCGCUGACAUCAAUCUCGUUUUGAAUGACGGUGCGACACCACUUCAUAUAGCUUCACAAAAAGGUCACAAAAAAAUUGUCGAAUACUUGACGACGAUCGGCGCUGAAAUCAAUCGGCCUGACAAAGACGGCUGGACACCACUUCACAUAGCUGCACAAAACGGUCACGAAAACGUUGUCGAAUACUUGGGGACAGUCGGCGCCGAAAUCAAUAGCGAUAACACUGACGGUGCAACACCACUUUACUUAGCUUCACAAAAUGGUCACGAAAAAGUUGUCGAAUACUUGACGACGGUCGGCGCUGAAAUCAAUCGACCUGAGAAUGACGGCUGGACACCACUUCACAUAGCUUCACAAAACGGUCACGAAAAGAUUGUCGAAUACUUGACCACAGUCGGCGCCGAAAUCAAUCGCGCUAAGGAUAACGGUGCGACACCACUUUACAUAGCUUCAGAAAACGGUCACAAAGAAGUUGUCAAGUACUUGGCGACAGUUGGCGCCGAUAUCAAUCGCGCUACGAAUGACGGUGACACUCCACUUCAUAUAGCUUCACAAAACGGUUACGAAGAAGUUGUCAAAUGCUUAGCAAAAGUCGGCGUCGAAGUCAAUGGCGCCAAGAAUGACGGUGCGACACCACUUUACAUAGCUUCACAAAACGGUCACGAAAAAGUUGUCGAAUUCUUGACGACAGUCGGUGCCGAAAUCAAUCGUCCUAGUAAGAACGGUGCGACACCGCUUUAUAUAGCUUCUGAAAAAGGUCACGAAAAAGUUGUCGAAUAUCUGACGACAGUCGGCGCUGAAAUCAAUCGCGCUACGAAUGACGGCUGGACACCACUUCUCAUAGCUUCCUUCAACGGUCACGAAAAAGUUGUCGAAUAUCUGACGACAGCCGGCGCCGAAAUCAAUCGCGCUUAUAAAAACGGUGUGACACCAAUUUUUAUAGCUUCACAAAACGGUCACGAAAAAGUUGUCGAAUACUUGACGAGAGUCGACGCCGAAGUCAAUCGGGCUACGAAUGACGGGUGGACACCACUUCUCAUAGCUUCACAAAACGGUCACGAAGAAGUUGUCAAAUACUUGGCAACAUUCGGCGCCGAAAUCAAUCGCGCUAACAAAAACGGUGUGACACCACUUUAUAUAGCUUCCGAAAAAGGCCACGAAAAAAUUGUUGAAUACUUGGCGACAGUCGGCGCCGCAAUCAAUCGCGCCAAGGAUGACGGUGCGACACCACUUUACAUAGCUUCACAAAACGGUCACGAGAAAGUUGUCGGUUACUUGGCGACAGUCGGUGCUGAAAUCAAUUAUUGCACUUAUAAAAACGGUGUGACACCACUUUUCAUAGCUUCACAAAACGGUUACGAAAGAGUAGUUGAAUACUUGGCGACAGUCGGCGCCGAAAUCAAUCGUCCUAAUAAAAAUGGUGCCACACCACUUUACAUAGCUUCAGAAAAAGGCCACGAUAAAGUUGUCGAAUCUUUAGUGUCAGUAGCCGCCGAAAUCAAUCGCGCUACGAAUGACGGCUGGACACCACUUCUCAUAGCUUCACAAAAUGGUCACCAAAAAGUUGUUGAAUACUUGGUGACCGUCGGUGCUGAAGUCAAUCGUGCUACGAAUGAAGGCUGGACACCACUUCUCAUAGCUUCACAAAAUGGUCACGAAGAUGUUGUCGAAAGCUUGGUAACAUUCGGCGCUGAAUUCAAUCGCAGUAAGAAUGACGGUGCGACACCACUUUACAUAGCUUCACAAAACGGUCGCGAAAAAAUUGUCGAAUACUUGGCGACAGUCGGUGCUGAAAUCAAUCGUCCUAAUAAAAACGGUGUGACACCAUUCCUCAUAGCUUCCCUCAAGGGUCACGAAAAAGUUGUCGAAUACUUGGCAACAGUCGGCGCCGAAAUCAAUCGUUCUAAUAAAAACGGUGUUACACCACUUUACAUAGCUUCACAAAACGGUCACGAGAAAGUUGUCGGUUACUUGGCGACAAUCGGCGCCGAAAUCAAUCGCGCUACGAAUGACGGCUGGACUCCACUUCUCAUAGCCUCACAAAACGGCCACGAAAAAGUUGUCGAAUAUUUGACGACAGUCGGGGCCGAAAUCAAUCAUCCUAAUAAAUACGGUGCGACACCACUUUACAUAGCUUCAGAAAAAGGUCACGAGAAAGUUGUCGAUUACUUGGCGACAGUUGGCUCUGAAAUCAAUCACGCUACGAAUGACGGCUGGACACCACUUCUCAUAGCUUCACAAAACGGUCACGAAAAAGUUGUCGAAUACUUGGCGACAGUCGGCGCCGGUAUCAAUCGCUCUACGAAUGACGGCUGGACACCACUUCUCAUAGCUUCACAAAACGGUCACGAAAAAGUUGUCGAAAACUUGGUUACAGUCGGCGCCGAAAUCAAUUGCCCUAGGAAUGACGGUGUGACACCACUUUACAUAGCUUCACAAAACGGUCACAAAAAAGUUGUCGAAUACUUGGCGACAGUCGGCGCCGAAAUCAAUCGCGCUAACAAAAACGGUGUGACACCACUUUUCAAAGCUUCACAGAACGGUUACGAAAAAGUUGUCGAAUUUUUGGCGACAGUCGGCGCCGAAAUCAAUCGUCCUAAUAGCAACGGUGCGACACCACUUUACAUAGCCUCACAAAAUGGUCACGAAAAAGUUGUCAAAUAUUUAACGACAGUCGGCGCUGAAAUCAAUCAAGCUACGAAUGACGGUUGGACACCACUCCUCAUAGCUUCCUUCAAGGGCCAUAAAAAUGUUGUCAAAUGCUUGGCGACCGUCGGCGCCGAAAUCAAUCGCCCUAAUAAAAACGGUGCGACACCACUUUACAUAGCUUCCGAAAAUGGCCACAGAACAGUUGUUGAAUUCUUGACGACAGUCGGUGCCGAAAUUAAUCGCGCUAAGAAUGACGGUGCGACACCACUCUAUAUAGUUUCACAAAACGGUCACGAAAAAGUGGUCAAAUACUUGGCGACGUUGGGCAGCGAAAUCAAUCGCUCUAACAAUAACGGUUGGACACCACUUUUCAUAGCUUCUUUCAACGGUCACAAAAAAGUGGUUGAACACUUAGUGACAGUCGGUGCCGAAAUCAAUUGCGCUAAUAAAAACGAUGCGACACCACUUUACAUAGCUUCACAAAACGGUCACAAAAAAGUUGUCGAAUACUUGACUGCAGUCGGCGCCGAAAUUAAUCGUCCUAAUAAAAACGGUUCGACACCACUUUACAUAGCUCUCCAGAACGGCCACGAGAAAGUUGUCGAGGUUUUAAAGAAAGUCGGUGCUUCUACAAACGAGAACUUUUCCAAAUAGUUUGGUUGUAGUUGAAUGUAGCAAAAAACACCAAAAAGGAAUCGUAAUUUUAUAGAUAGAGUAAGGGUUUUCAGGGUACGAAUUUUUUUCUUGUACACUGAAGAAAUAACCUAACACGUCAAGACAUUGACCUAAUGAUUUCAACAACACCAUUCUGGGCUAUUUCAUGCUAUACCACCUAUACUUGGUGCCAAAAUUCUUUCAAAAAGUCUGAAAUGCGGGGAAAAUUGGGUAGCUUCGUGACUAUCACAGUAGAAUUUUGUCAAAAUCGUCUACAGUGACCCUAGCAAUGCCUAUCAGAGGCACAGAGUUGGCUAAAAUUUAAACGGCGAUUUACUCCAGACCUUGUGAUAAACACGUCAAACACAAUAACGUGGCGAAAAUGAUCAAAGGAGCCUUACAUACCAUGAUAAAGUUUUCUUCAAUGUACAAGAAAAAACAUUUUUUCUUA